AAGAAAGAACAAAAAAAACAAACAAAACGAAUUUUAUUUAGAAUAUUUUCUGUUCAAAGUUUUGAAGAAUCAAUUUUUCUAAGAACUUCUUGUCGGGAGAUUUCAGUGUCAAAUCGCCGACAAAAUGCGAAAAGUUUGUCAUAUAUUUUUUACUACUAUUAUUUUAUUGGAAAUACUUUUAAAAAGUGCAACAGGGAAUGAAAAUGACGGAAAUGGGGCAAUGAUUGAUGCGAAUUUUGUAGAAUCGGACGGGGCAGAUGAUUUGGAAGGUGAAGAAGAAGAACAACCAAUCAUUAAAAAGGAACGCUCGAAGGGAGUUAAGAAUUUUGUUGGGACAAAUUUGUUUGGAGAUACAAGUGGCAGUCCGAAGAAUUGUUUCACUUCCGAAGAUGUUGCUCUUUUGGCAGCAAGGAGAGAUUUUGAGUCUCUAAUACCCAAAGACCUUCCAAACUAUCUUCUAGACGAUGAUCUUGCUAGACUUUUAAUGCAAUAUUUUUACGGCGCAAGUCAAGUUAUAGAUAAGAUGACAAGAGGGCAUUCAAAGUCAAUUGCAAAUAAAGCAUUCUACGACACAUUAGGAGGAUAUCUCAAUUAUUAUAUGAUACCAAUUUCUAAAUAUUCCUUCUAUGGAGGUUUGAUCAAGCUGAAAACCGUAGAAAGUAUUAUUGAAUUGUUCAGUGAGAGCAAACGAUUUUUAAACACCAAUGGAAAUGGAUGGAGAGAUCCGAUAAGAGAUUUCUCUGAUUUUGAUUUAGAAAUAGAACCACUUCGGAUUAUUGUUGAUAAAGAAGAUGAUGAUACAUCGUGCACUCAACUAGACAUGCUAGACGACGAACGUUCUGGGGAAGAUGAUUCCAUGUUAGUCGCUUUACCACGUCUUGAACCUGAAGAAAAAGGUCUUCUUCGGAAUUUAUGGCUUCCGUUUAGACGUAAACGUACCUUCGAUUUGCAAUCUUCCAAAUCUGCGUUUGUUCUCUUGAGAUAUUUUGAAUUAACUACGAAGUGUUAUAAGUUUCAAAACGUAGAUCAGGAAUUGUUUAACAAAAGGUUCAAGAAUUGGAUAUUGGAAAAUGUUGAAAUUCAUUUAAAAGACGACCUGCUCUAUCCUGGUCUGGGAGCGGUACUAAGAAUUAUUGAGACACUUCGUCGGAAAAGAGGUGAUUCAUUUGUUAUAGAAAGCAAGACAAAGGAGAAGCGUCAAAGAACUCACGAGAACUUAAAAAAAAUCAAAAGUUUUAAUUCCAAGCAAAUUGGUAAUUCUGGAAAUGUAUUGAAGAGUAUCUUCGAAUCGGAUAGCCCAGUUGCUCCUGAUAGUGUCUCAGAUAAAACAUUAACCCAAAAAGCAAAAGAUAGUCAACGAAAGAAGUACAUUUACAUAGCUAUUGGAGUAUCGGUUUGUUUAGUCCUGAUUGUUUUCUCAGUCAUUGGAUUCACUAUGUGUAGAAAAGGAUCUUGGAGAAAAUCAAACACUGAUGAUACACUUCCACCGGAACCUAAGAAAACAGGUUGGUUUUGCUGUAAAAAAGAACCAAAAGACGACGAAGAAACUUUAUUGCAUUCUAAGAAGUCUUCUGAUAAAACAAAAUCGAAGAAAUUUUCUAAGAAACCCGGAAAGCCUACGAAGUUACAACAACAGCAACAACAAAAAUCAGAACCAACUACGUGUUGUGGAGUUUGUUCGAAUAAAAACUCUCCAGCAAUUAUUGAAACUUCUUCAAUGGAUUCCGAUUCAGGAAGGGAUAACAAAAACAAACUGAAAUCUUCUCCUUCUAAGCCCGUAAAAGCUAUAACAGUUAAUGAAAAGAAAGCUUUUAGCAUAUCAAAGAAAAAUAAGAACAAAGAUGGAGCAGCUAAAGUCGGAAUUCUUAAAAAAGGAACAUAAAAACACCUAUAGUUUUAGAAUUAGAAAGGUUAAUAAAUUUAUGAAAUGCAGAAGUAUCAGUAAAAUUUUAGAAUAAAAGCCCAAAUAGACUCGAAGUAAUUUCGUGUUGUUUAAACAUUAUGUUGAUAAUUUUAGAACUAAGGCCUCCUGAACUAUUUAAUAAUAAAACAAAAUCGUUUUCUCGAGUCAUUUGUCAGCUGUCAAAUUAUUUUUAUUAACGAUGGCAACACUUGUAACACAAAUGGCGGUAUAUUUUGUUUUCGAUAUUUUUUUAAUAAAUAUUUAAAAUAAUUAUCAA